AUGCCUUCUGCAAACACCAACCUUCAAUCCGCAUUGCCAAACAACAGAGAAUAUGAGCUCCUCGUCAUCCCACCACCUUCUCCAAAGAGUCCCACCCAACCAGCCCUUCGAACAAAGAGAAUCAUGCGCACUUCAGAUUUGCCUUUGAUUGUAGGCUCUGAAUAUAACCCACCGUCACCAAGCAAUUCCUCAGGAUACACAAGUGGAGAUGAAUCCGGUUAUUAA